GUGUGUGUGUGUGUGUGUGUGUGUGUGUGUGAGUGAGUGUGUGUGUAUCCUCUCUCCCCACCAUGCUGUGGACAGUGUUGCUAGCUCUGCUGGUUCUGCUCCUUCUGCAAACCCAGCUGUGCAUCUGCCUACGGGAGUUACGCACAGCCAGCUCAUCUUCCUCCUCCUCCUCCUCCUCCUCCUCCUCCUCCUCCUCCUCCUCCUCCUCCUCCUCCUCCUCCUCCUCCUCCUCCUCCUCCCCUCCCCUCCGCAACGCCACCCAGCAGCGCCUGCCCGGUGCCAUCAUCAUCGGCGUGAGGAAGGGGGGCACCAGGGCCCUUCUGGAGAUGCUCAACCUGCACCCGGACGUGGAAGUGGCCAAGGCCGAGGUCCACUACUUCAAUGUGGAGGAGCACUACCGGCGGGGCCUGGCCUGGUACCGUGCCCAGAUGCCCUUCACCCUCCCCAGGCAGCUGACCGUGGAGAAGACCCCUGGGUACUUCUCUUCGCCUGAGGUGCCGGCACGCGUCUGGGACAUGAACCCGGCAGUCCGCCUCCUCCUCAUUGUCCGAGACCCGGCUGAGCGCCUGGUUUCCGACUACACCCAGGUCCUCCACAACCGCCUGGCCCGCAACAAGCCCUACCAGACCCUGGAGGAGCUGCUCCUGGGGCCGGAGGGACGCAUCGACCCUGCCUACAAGGCCCUGCAGCGCAGCUUGUACCACCAGCACCUGGCCCGCUGGCUGGAGGUCUUCCCCAGAAAGCAGGUCCACGUGGUGGACGGGGAGGCCUUGGUUCAGGACCCCUUCCCGGAGCUGCAGAGGGCCGAGAAGUUCCUGGAGCUCCCGCCGCGCAUCUCAUCCUCCAACUUCUACUUCAACACCACCAAGGGCUUCUAUUGCCUGGUGGCGGCCGGCGGCCAUGACAAGUGCCUGGACGAGUCCAAGGGGCGCCCACACGCUCCGCUCAGCGCCCAGGCCUUCAGGAAGCUGUGUCGCUACUUCUGGGAGGCCAACAGGAUUUUCUUCGACAUGGUGGGCCGCUCCUUCUCCUGGUGCUGACCAGGUCAGCUGGGGGGGGGUCCUGAGGGAUCAUGUUACUUUCAGCCUAUCGGCGAUGAGGAUUUUUUCAGACCGGCAGCUGGGUUGAUGGAGGGAUCUGUCGGGUCACCUGGUUGGGAUGCCUGGUGGAGAACCUUGGUGUGCUUGAGUCGAGCGACCAGACCGAGAGCUGAGAGAGACCAGCAAGUCUUAUUCCAGUGCUGCACUACCCUCUACUGGCAGGUCCCAUGUUAGGCUCAGUCUGAACAUGGCAGACUAGAUGAUGUCUUACAGGGCAAAAUGUUGUUUUUAAGGCCAUAGUAACAGUGCAGUUAGUUUGUGAAAAAUAAACAAUCGGGAUAAUGAAAGAAGAAUGAGGGAAACCUUGUGAGCAGGACAACACAGGGCGACACACAGACUUGACAAAAUGUGUGAUUAAAAUAGCAGGAAGCUAAAUGUGGGAUCUGAGAGGUGCGUAUUGUUGCACUAUGAACUGGUCAAAACUAUAUGAAUUUGCAGAUUCACUGUACCAGCUAGUCAGCUAAAACGUGAAGAUGCUCAGACUACAAAGAAUGACUGUGAAAAGAAACGUUCUUGUUGAAGUAGUUAUGUUGGGAAAUGUCCUUGGGCAAGGCACUUCACCCUACUUGCCUCGGGGGAAUGUCCCU